AGUAGUACAUGCCGAAAUCCCUGCCAGCGAGAAUAUAUAUCGAUUACUAGAGCCUCGUUUCUGUAUUAAUGCUGGUUUAGUCGCAUGGGCAGUGUAGUUCGUCAAGAUCGAAGCAUUGCCUGAUCUUGUCUUUCAGAGUCUCCAAGUUAGAGAAACGCCAGCCAUCUUCUCUCAUUCUUUCCUUACUUGUAAAAGUCCAUAAGAAAAUCGCUACGACUGCGCUCCUGGCGGAGAGGGUGGUUGUUAAAAUAAAUACUGCGCCUCUAACUCUAGAAUUUUCGACGGAAAACACGAAGUUUUUGAUACAGCUAUAUCCAGUUUAUCUAAAUAUUAUCAAGAUAUUUCCCUAGAGUGUUAUAAAGAACUUACAGAGGAAAGUUACGGGGACUAGAACAUCCAUAACGAAGAGAUCCAAGUCGCGUGCAUUCGCAAAUGAACAUUUAAUUGACUUGAUUACUUAAUGCUACAAACAUGAUUAUUUCUCCAAGCCGGAAUUCGAUUUCCUUGUUAAUCCUCUUAUGGGUAAGCACGUGUGAGAGCUUUGUCUUGGAAGGCUCACCCACUUCUUACACUCAGUUCAAAAAGUGGUACCUAAGUUUAAACGGAUCUCUUUCUUUCGAAUUUCAAACGAAUGAGCUCGAAGGGCUUCUUCUUUAUACCGAUGAUGGAAGAAUGCAUCAUUUCUUUGAGCUCAAGCUCGUUGAAGGUACCUUACGGCUGCGUUACAAUCUGGGAGGCGGCUCCACAUUGAUAACUGUCGGUCGGGCUUUACAUGAUGGUGAAUGGCACCGCGUAGUAAUUACACGGAAUAUCGAAGAAACGUCUUUACGUGUUGAUGACGAAGUUGAAAGUAGCCUAACACCUGGAAGGGAAUUUGAUUUUGGAAACGUGUCAGUAAAUAGUUUUGUAUAUAUAGGAGGUUUGCCAGUUUGGUAUAAGUCGAAACUUCCCCAACUAGCUUUACCUUCUGCUUUCUUCGAGCCUCGUUUCAAGGGAGCCAUACGAAACAUUUUUUACGCUAGUGACGAAGGCCCCGCUCGAAAUCAAGACAUGAUAGCCUUUCUUGGUGUACGAAACAACGAGAUGAAUUAUUGCAAUCAUCGUGAUCCAUGCCGGCAUGGUGGUGUCUGCAUUAGUUCGGAUAGUGGCGCCAUCUGUGAUUGUAAGAAUUUAGACUACGAAGGCAGCUUUUGUGAAAAAGAUAAAGCCGCGUCAGAAGCUACUUUUCGAGGGGCAGAAUUUCUCAGCUACGACUUCAAGUCCUUAGGAGACGAGCCCAUCAUCGCUUCAAGCGACAGUGUGUCCUUGUUUUUCAAGACUCGCCAGCCCCACGGGAUGCUGUUUUACACGGGGGAUGGAGACGACUUCCUUAGCUUAUCGCUACGUGGCGGGGGUAUCGUUCUCACGGUCAGCCUGGGCUCGGGCUCUCUUGAAAGAGUCGUGCGGCCUAGUAAAGUGCGCUUUGAUGACAACCAGUGGCAUAAAGUGUUGGUUCACCGAAAAGUUCGAAAAAUCACGGAUAGCACGAGCUUCUGUCACCUCUCUAUUGCUGUUGACGGAGUCUACACACAACGUGGCUCCACAGCAGGCACCUUCACCCUCUUGUAUAGCAAGCAGAUAUAUGUAGGAGGCAGUAACAUAACCAGUGGACACCUAGGAAUACAUAGUCGUAUCAGUUUUGUUGGAUGUUUACGAAAAGUGCGGUUUUUAGCAGAUAGCUUAAAUCUGGACUUAAUAGAACUUGCUGCCACUGGAAGCAAGGUUGUCAGUCCCCAUGGCAACUUUCAGUUUGCAUGCCACGAAGUUGAAGCAGCAGAUCCCAUCACCUUCACUACUAAGGAGUCAUUUCUGGCUUUAUCACGCUGGGAUGCACCUCGUGGAGGAAGGAUAUCUUUCAAAAUUCGAACCAACGAACCCAAUGGUGUUCUUAUGUAUAACAGCGGUGCCACCGCUCAAGGAGAUUUUUUUGCUUUCGAGCUCCUGGCAGGUCAUGUUUACCUGCUCCUGAACUUAGGUUCCGGUUCGGUCAAGGUAAAGGCCACUACUCGUCGAGUGGACGAUGGUCACUGGCAUAGAAUUUCUUUGACUAGAAAGAGCAGGUCCGGGCGAGUAAUAGUAGACGAAUAUUCUGUUGAGUUUUUUACACAAGGCAAUUCCAACCAGCUUGAUCUAGAGGGACCCUUAUAUCUUGGUGGAAUAGGAACAAGUCCGGAAGGCAUAGCCGUUCCACCAGAACUCUGGUCGGGAAAGCUGCAGUACGGUUACGUCGGCUGCAUGCGAGACCUUGUCGUUAACGAUAAUGCUGUGGAUAUUGCUCUUUACGCCCAGAAACAAGACUCGGGCAGUAUUCGCCCCGCCUGCCACACUUCACCGCCUCAGUGUGAUAGUCAACCAUGUUUAAACGGGGGAUUUUGUACAGAGGGCUGGAACCGCUAUAUCUGUGACUGCAGCAGGACGAACUUCACUGGUCCCGUCUGUGCCAAAGACGCCACGACCCUUAGUUUUGAUGGAGAGCAGUACAUGAAAAUUCAAAUUCCCGAGAUCUCUCGAACUCAAGCCGAAGACAUCCGAUUAAGAUUUCGAACAACUCGUCCAAAUGGUCUUCUCUUGGCGACAACACUAGAAAAAUCAGUCAGCCAUCUAGUGGUAGCCUUGGAAUCUGGAAGUAUUAAAGUUAUCCUGAAUUUAGGAGAUGGAAAUAAGGUCCUUCACGUGGGUCACAGAUUGAAUGACGACCAGUGGCACACAUUGCAGAUUAUUCGACGUGGUCACAACUUAGUAGUCAGAGCCGACUCAGAAACACUCAGUGGAGAACUAGUUGGCCACCAGAUGACACUAGAAUUCCAGGAUCUUCACAUUGGUGCCUAUACUCCUUCUGGUAUACCUGUUUAUUCUCCACAGAGCCAGGCUAGAGAUGUUCCUAACUUUGUUGGCCAUAUGCAACAGUUGGUAUUCAACGGAGAUCAGUAUUUUGAGAUGGCUAGAACUGGACAGCUUAUUAAUUUUCAGGUGACAGCUAAGUUUGGAAAGAAAGAACAGAUUGUUCAUCAUCCCGUCACAUUUAAAUCUAAGUAUACAUUUUUAGGAAUUUCUCAGUUGAAGGCUUAUUCUACCAUGAACUUAUAUUUCCAGUUUAAGACACUAGAACCAAACGGUCUGAUUAUUUACAACAAUGGUAAAGAGCAAGACUUUAUUGCUAUAGAGCUAGUAGACGGACAUCUUGACUACAUCUUUAACUUAGGAGAUGGCCCCAGAAAAGUGAGGUCAAACACAAGGCGCACAUUGAACGACAAUAGGUGGCAUGCGGUAACCAUUGGUCGCCAGUCUUUACGUCAACAUACCUUAAUGGUCGAUGACAUGAUCUCCACAGUGACCAGUACGGGGUCCAAUGUUCAUCUGGAUUUACAUGGACUUCUGUACCUUGGUGGAGUAAGAAGAAACAUGUACAACAGCCUUCCCAAGUUGGUACAGUCGAAACAUGGAUUCGAGGGAUGCUUGGCUUCCUUGGAUCUGAACGGGGAAACUGUGGAUCCUAUUGCUGACGCCAUUAUUCCCAGUACUCUGGUGUCAGAUGGGUGCGCUGGGGCCGAUACCAAAUGUAGCAACAGUGCAUGUGCCAACAAAGGAGUAUGUGUUCAGUUAUGGAAUGGCUAUACAUGUGAUUGUGACAUGACGUCAUUCACUGGCCCCACCUGUUCAGAUGAGAGUAUAGGCUACAAGUUCGGUAGCGGCUCCGGAAUUAUCACCUUCAAUCACUCCCCUAACAGAAGUCCAGACACUAAAACAGAUCUCUUGGCACUUGGGUUCAUCACAGUCAGCGAUAAUGCUAUUUUAGUUCGAAUUGAUAGUGGCACUAGUAACGACUACUUACAAGUUGAAAUCAUGGAAGGAAAUAUCUUUGUUGUGUAUAAUCUCGGCACCUUGGAUCAUCCGAUUGGGGAACUGAGUGCGAGAGUAGACGACGGGCAAUACCACCUGAUACGAUUUACUCGCUCUGGGCCAAACUCCACAAUUCAACUAGACGAUCAUAACGUUGUCACGAAGUAUCCAAACGGAAAACAGCUUACAAUUUUUAACAGCCAUUCAAAAAUUCAAAUUGGCGGUAAAAAGGUCGAGAUGAGUGGACGCAUAGAGAAACCGUUCCAUGGAAUAAUCGCCGGGCUGGUGUUUAAUGGAGACAGACUACUAGACAUGGCUUCUGAAGGUGAUCCUAGAGUCACCGUGAAGGGUGACGUCGAAUUACUCGUAACUAUUCCGUACGAUUUCGAUCAGAUCCGGACCUUAAGUUCACAGAUGCAUCAGCCUUUGUCCAGAUUUCCUCACAGCGGUGACGACCUUGUGUUUUCUGGAGCAGGAUCUGGAUGUUUUGACGACGAAGACAAUUGUGGAGUCUUAGAGAGUGAGUCAGGUGAUGACCUAAUUACACCUAUCUUCAUUCCGCCCACCUCCAGACCACGACGUCUUUCGACACCACAACCCCCUCUUCGAACCAGUCCACGACCAGGAGAAAUAAGGCACAGUGAUGAGACACUGUGUGACGACGAAGAAGGAUGUGGAGAGGGGUCAGGGAUAGAGGAUGUCGUCGUUACUAAUCCACCUUUUAGCUAUAAUAUUCCGGAUAAAACAGGACCUGUAUCCCGAGAACCAGCAUCAGAUCCACCUCAGCUCCUCCCAUCUUCUUCCACGACUAGUGUUUGGAAUAUGGUAAACAAAGGUGAUGCUCAAAUCAAUGCAUGGAAUGCAACGACCACGUGGAAGCCUAACAGUUACAUUUCCACGCAUAACCCGCCUUCUGUGUUUCAAGUUCCUAUUCCAAAUGUAAACAAAAAUGACCAAGACCUACAUAAACCAAAUAAGAAACCUAAAAGUUCUGCCGACAACACCGCUUUAGUUAUUGGCAUCUUUGCAGGCGUUUUGAUAUCUAUAGUGUUAAUUGCCUUGAUCGUAUACAAGCUAAGAAACCGAACAGACGGUGCAUAUAAAAUUGAUGAAAGUAAAAAUUACCACUUUGAUCCUAUUUCUAACAGUCCUUCUCUACUUGCUGGACAACAGCAUGUCAACGGCAUCCUGAAGUCAACAGAAAAAGCACAUAGACUCCCUAAGAAAAAGGACAUUAAGGAUCUCAAAGAGUGGUAUGUGUAGGUUUGUCCGACCAUGGGUUUUCUCUUGAUAUUUUAUGGACUGAGAGAUCCGAAGUGCCAUCAGGAGAAACCCUACAAAAUAAAAUGACUUAUCAUAAAGAAACAUUUGAUGUAUUCCCGUGACUAUCUACAGUAAAAAUUGGAUUGGUUGCGAAGUAGAAAAGUUUUAAGUGGGAACAUUUUGAACCAGUGAGAGUAGACACAUGUUAAUGUGUACCUACGUGGACUGUCUGAUAUAAUUUAUUGAUUGAAGAAUGUAAAGGCUGGUGAAUUAUCACAAAAUUACGGACUUUUUCAGUACUAUGCUUUUGUUCAUUUAUGUGCGCAAAUACUGUGUGACCUUACAACGCCUUUCGCACUUCGGAAUGUAAUAGUGAGCUGGAUUUGAAAAACUUCACGAACAUUAUAAGUCGCGAGUAGGAUUAGACUGAUCAGACUGUCUUGGAUCGCGCGGUAUUCUUGUCUGUUCAUUGUAUAAGUAAUUAUUUUGACCAACAGUAACCACUUGGCACGUCUAUGUUGUAUAAUGUAAGCAUUUACUUUAUGGAACUAUAUCUUUCUCAAGUUGGUGGUUCUCCAAAGCUGGGUUCAUCCAAUCAAACCCCACACAUUCAGGUCCUAAUUUUGAUGUUUUACUGUAGCUAAUUUUAAGAUAUUCAUCCCUAUUUUUAUUAACAGUGAACAAAUACGAAUCCGUGUACACACAAGCGAUAAGCAGUGUGGAUGCUCUUAUUUCCGAUCCUUUAAAGCUAUGUUUCGUUAUAAAGAAAUAACGAUUGAGGAACCGUUUCGUUCAGUUUUAUUUCGGCGUUUUUAAACUAUGACUCAAAGUACCAAGCGGACAGAAGAUACAUACACUAGUGUCUUCUGUCAAUAUAGUCUGUAAAUAUUCCGUCGUAUGCAUUAUUAUAUCCAAUGCCCCUUUGCUUUAGCGAUGUUUUAGAUAUAUAUAUAUAUACAAGUACGAGAAUACAAAACAUUAUAACACUGUAGAACUUUGAGACUUAAAUUAUUCAAAUACGAGCUUCAUUUGUAUGUGUCUGUAAGCAUAUUUAAGAAAAGAUAAUUGUAAUUUAAACCUUCGCUACUGAUUCUUAGCACAUUAACUGUUUUUUGUGUUUUGUCAGUUGCUAGGCUACAUUUCGGUCAGACAACUUCUUGGCUGCCAGUGUUUGGUCGUUGUUUGAUGUAUAGUAUCCAAUCGCUGUAAAGAGUGAUCCGCUGUAGUACUCAAGAAGUGAUGUGAUGAGUAUAUUAUUGAUAAAAUUCGUCAGUGACGGAAAAUUGAAUACUGUAAGGGCUGUGUUAAUACGGUGUGUAAUACGGUUAUUCGAGAUUAUAGCAUAGCUGGUGAUACGGAUAAUCUGUUGAACAUAAGACACUUAGUCACCACUGAUAAAAGUAUACUGUUAUUUUUUUAUGUAAGCAGCAACAGGUCCACAGUUCUCUGUAAGUAUUCUUUUGACAACAGACAAAAAUCGUACAUAAAAAUUAUAAUUUACAUUUCUAUGACACACAAUAUUGAAUAGUUUUGAAUGCUUAAUUGGUCGUUUAUAAUUGAUUAACGAUGUUCAUAAGGUAGUAAGUAAUAAACAUUUCUAUAAAAUAAAUAAGAUUAUGAAGAAAAAGUGUCCAAAUUGAAUCGAUCACUUUCACUUGUAUUCUUUAAUUUUAUUUACCACAGUAAGUUUAUAAAUGUGGUUAUAACAACUAGUUAUACUUGAAUUAAUUUCAACAGCGCUCUAUGAGAGUGAAAAAUGUAUUCUUAUUGUAUGUAUUAUCAGUAUCAAAAGCAAAAUGUGUGGGGACAAAGUUCCAGGUGAAUCGGGCUUAUUAGAAGUGUCCCCGCUUAAGGUUAACAUUGAUUAUUUGGGCUUCUUUUGGUGUAAUUGGGGUCGAAAUACGAGCGAAAUUAAUGUGAAUGAUUAAUUUAUGAUCUUUCAUUUUUAUAUUAAUUUCUUUAUCUUUUUUUUUUUUUACUUUAUCUCCAACUACAAAAUUCAUUUUACAAUCUUUUUAUCCUUAUAAUGAGUAAUUAUUUUGGAAUAAAAAUAAAAAGUCAAGUUGUGGCAAUCGUAAACCUACUGAGACUUACGAGGAGAGACGAAGUAGAUGGUGCCCCCCUACUGGAGAUGGAGAGGCCCUUGCCCCCAUGUUUUCGUCUCCUGUGGGUAUUGUUUCAACUUUACUUUGUCGUUACCUCUACUGUUUUAUUUUAAUUCUGUUUUGAUUACAGAUUUAGUCGUUACUUCUAGAAAGUUAUUAAAAUUUUCACAUACAUUAAAGAGCUUACUGUAAACAUUUUAAGUUGUUGUUUGUUUGUUUUUUUACUUCGAUUUAAAUACUCUCAUCUCUGCAAAAAUUGCUAGAAUUCUUCAGAUUUUUUAUAAUAAGAGGUGGAAAGACCCCGAUACUUAUAAUGCUGAAAUUCAGUUUACUGUGCAGCUCUGCACUGAAACAAAUAAACAUAUAAAACAACUUUAAGCGUCAAUUGAGAUUCGAUAUGGUACUGAUUGAAAUGUUUGUAAUCCUUCAGCUUAGACACUUAGAUGGUUGUUUGUUUCCAGUUUUAUAGAGCAGAAUUGUUAUGUUUUAUUUAAGGCUUCUUAUUUUAAGAAAUGAAGUUAUCAAUACUUAAUUAAAGUCUCUCCUCAUAUAAAAGUACAAUAAUUCUGUUUUAUUUAUACUUACUAUUUAUAAGUAAUCAAAUUAUCUACAGUUUCUCCUCUUGUGGUCAAUUUUAUUUACGGUUUCUUUUUAUGAGGAAUAAAGUUACAUAAUUCUUUUAUAUAUUUUUUUUAUCUUUUGGAGUAGACUGAAUCAGUUUUUGUAUUAUUACAUUUUACAUAGGUUAGAAUUCGAUUUUAUUUUUACAGUAGAAGAAAAAUGAUCCAGUUUUCUUUGUGAUUGCUCCUCACGUGAAAUAUAAGUAUUCACGGCUGUUUAUAGUUUCAUCACAAAUGGGAUGAUCCAGUUUUAUUUAUAGCUUCAAUUUAUAAA